AUGGACAAAGUGAUUGGCAGCUUUUGUACGCUAGAUUGUGAUUCUGGUGACAUGGAUCAUGAGCUUCGACAGCACAUAUGCGAGCAUGCUGAAUUUUUGCAGGCUGAUGGUGCAAGUGAUGAACAGCUCACAAUGCGAUUUGCGGAGCAAGACUUGCUGACGAAUGUGCGACUGCUUGACAGGGAUCCAACGCAUGCAGCACGCCGAUUGCUUCGAAACGCAUGGCGGGCGGACCCUUAUUUGGAAUCAGUCUUAGACCAAUACAUCACGUCACCGGAAUCUAUGACGGCACUGAUCCAAUACUCCGCAGACCUGAAACAUUUGUUCGAAGUUGCAGUGCUGAGCGAUGACAACGCUCCAUUUUCAGUCCGAAACCUCGGAUGGGCGGCACACCGAUUCGAUUCCAUGACGCGGCCUCUCUCGCGCUUUAUCGUACUAUUCGAUUCUAUCUGGGCAUGCGGGAUCGAUGUGUGGAACAAGCGAAAGGGAACUCGCCCUGGCGAGAGGGCACAUUCCUUCUUAUCCGAAAGCAGCGCAGAGUCUUUGCUACAGCUGGCGAUGUUAGCAGACGGGUCAGCCGAGACCCUUGACCUAGUGCGAUUCUUCGACAGGGAGACUUUCGACUCCGCUUCCGUGGCCGAAACGUUGACACAGUUUAAACACCGACUGGACACGCUUUUUGUUCAACGAGAGGUGUUGCAGUGCCCGGGUCACACGACUCACAUCAUAGCUUUGUUGAGAGCUAAAGAAAAAACAGCAGUGUUGAAGCAUGGUGUCUUGAAAGUCCUGGGUGGUCCUGACAGCAUUCCUCUUGAUCUUAUCGACCGCUGCAUUGCUCGCAUGUGCAAUUGGGUAAAGCUGGUUUAUGCCCGUAUUGCUGCAGAAUUUCCCAACCACGACCUGGUGAACAGUAUGUCGGUUUUCAAUUUGGGGGACAGCCUUGAGGCUGCAGAGCAGACGGGAAAUUAUGCGGACACCAUGAAAAAAGCACGACAGGAAAGCUUGCUGCGCCUCUCGCAGGCCUUCGGUGUGGCAGUGGAUGGACCCAAUCAACAGGAGUUGUUUCGACAAUACAUGAACUUGCGACGGAAUGCUCUGCAUUUGCUGAGGACGGGCAAAGCUGCGUCCAACGCAGAGGCGUGGAGAUUGGCCAGGUCUAAGCUAAAAGACAAAAGAUUGAGUCAUCACCCAACACACUUGAUCGAUGUCGUGCUUUGCCGCUACCAGUGUCUUAAUGGCUUCACAACAAGUGGUGUGGAGCAAUCGUUUUCUACCUUCGUGCGCACCUUGGGUGACUACCGGAUGCACAUGCAACCGUCGUUGCAAGAGCAUCUCCUGCGUGUGGUGCUCGCAGCAGAAAGCUGCAUGAGCAAAGGGUUCAAGGCGAUAUGCGAGCAGAUCUGGACACUCCGCUUCCACGAGUUUCGAAAACCCAUCAAAGAUCGCUUUCGGCGCGAACCAAGUGCUAGCAGCAAUGCCAAGACAGAGACAUCAUGGCAAAACCAGCGACGCUCGGCACUGCGUGCUGCCGCCGCAAGCUCUUCUGUCCGGGCCGAAGAGGAUGUCUCACAGGACGCAGCUGGGGUUGGUCGUCACUUUUGGCAGCCUGGACACAAUGAGGAAAUGAAAGUUCUGGAAAACUUGGCCAAGGAUGCCAGGCUGGAAGCCUAUGCUCGAAACCAUUUGCUGCAGACGGAAAUUGGUGACGAUGGUGAGGCCCUGUGCCAGGAUCUGCAAGCCAGGCAAUCCAAGCGAAAGAAGCAGGAAGAUGAGCACCGGCGUGCAUUCGAGAAGAUGCGCCGUCUGGCCAAAAGGCCUGCGAUGGUUGUUGAUGCUAGCGUGUAUCUGCAUUUGGGGAAUGCGCAACAUGCUCUCGACGACAUGGCUUCAGCAAUGACACGCCAAAAUUUCACUCUGUCUGAGGAGUCGGAGGUUCUUUCUAGUGAUUAUCACGUGGUGGCGAGACUCGAUGCAGCUCCCGUGCAGGCUCGACUCGCUGCUGCUUUGUGUGGUACUGCCUUGUGCAACAUGAUGUACAUCACAAGUAGUGGGAAAGACGGCACAUGCAUUGCAAACAAGAGGGCUUUGUCAAUACAGAGGCGGAUUUGGAUCUCUGAGCCUUUCUUGUUGGAAAAGCCGGCAGAGGCGGAUCUCCUGCUGCAGGCUAUCAGCAUCAAUGGAAGCAAUUGGCGAGUUGUGCCAGAACAGACUUGGUUCAUCACGCGCUGA